AAUAACUGUUCAAUACAGAAGGCACAUCUCUAAGUGCCCGCGUUUCGCGCUGAAUGACAAACAAAACAGCUGUUUUCGUUUUUUUCAUCGAAUUAAAGAGCUAAAUAAAAAUGGUUGCCGGCGGCGCAUCAGAUACGGGCGGCGUUAAGCCCAUGGUCAUCGCGGGCCGCAUGGUCCGCGAACGCGAGCGCCUCAUCGGCAUGACGCCCGAGGAGCGUGCCUGGCGCAAGCAAUGGCUGAAGGACCAGGAGUUGCCCCAUGGGCCGCGCAAGGUGCCCGCCCUGGAGCUGGAGCUGAACAAUCCCAUCAGGCGUUUCUAUCGCGCACCCUUGGACAAGGUUUGCAGCGUUUUGACGCCGGCGCUGGGCUUCCAACGCGCCUACACGGUGCGCUACUGGACCGGCAAGGCGCUGAUUGCGCUGACCGGCAUCUAUGCCGCCGCCUACUACUUCAAAUAUAAUCAGAACGAUUGGACGCGCAAGGGCGGCUGGCGUGUGAUAUCGUCGCGCAAGGCGUGCGUGCCCGGCGACGAGGGCUAUCCCCGUGUCUCGGAUCGCUCGGCGCCCGCCGACUAUGCGGCGCGCGGCUUCAAGCAGUCCCCGAUCUAGGAACGAGCUCCAGCUGCCCGUUAGAAACCUCUUUGAAUUAAUGUUAGCAACAAUCAACAAUUCGCAAUAAACAUGGAACACACACACGCACGCAA